ACAACGCAUACAACGCAUACAACGCAUACAACGCAUACAACACAUACAACGCACACACACCUACACACAACAACAACAACCAUCCACUCCUCUCCCACUCCACUCCACUGUACUACUAUAGAAAAUGGCGAGCAACACAGAUGUGGCCAAACCUAUCGUCAUCGUCCUUGUCAUCCUCCUCAUUCUCGGUUUCAUAUUCGUCUGUAUCCGGAGACGAAGAGCCGUCGUUCUCCAGGAAAGACUCGCCCAGCAACAAGUCACCCCACUGGACGAAGUCCCCGACAACGGCACUGGUCUGUACGUCUGCCAAUACCCCCUUCCCUCCACAGGAGCGCCCCAAAUGAGCUCUUUGGCUCAUCCACAACCAAUAGUAAGCUACUCUGUAUAUUAUCCACCAUCGCUGAGACAAUCCUCCCCAGCACAUUCCGUCUAUACGAUGCCGGAGGAGUCCACACGGGCACAUUCACCAGUGUCAACAAACGGAUCGCACUUUGGGCCUGCGCAGGACGGAUCUGAAGGAUUCACAUCCGUACCGCCAGAGCAAAUUGGCUCGCCAAGAUCAUCAGAGAACGGUUCUGAGGUCCCUUCAGUACCACCACCCCCCUACACUCCAACAAUACCAAAGUAAAAAUAAAAAAAAAUCGAAAACAAAAAAAAAGCGUCUCUUUUCCCAUCUCAUGCUUCCUUAAUACUUUCACACAAAUCAAGCCUAAUGAUAAUAAAGAACGCCCUCAAAUACAU